AUGUCCUCCCUCCCCCCCGAACUCCAACUGUUAAUCCUCGAAUCCUCCUCUCCAACCCAAUACCCAACCCUCCGCCUCGUCUCAAUCUUCUGGAAAUCAAAAAUCGACAUUCUAAAAUCCCUCCUCUACCGUGCCCCACCGUUAAUAACCAAACCCUACAAAGACUGGUGCACAGAAUUAAUUCCAUCAUCAGCUCCAUUCCUAAUCCACUCCGCCCUCUUCAACUGUACCGGUUCCUUCCACCGUACCAUCGAUCCCAAAACCAAGAAAAUAGUCUUAAGCGGCACCAAACGUCCCCGCAAAAAAUAUGAAAUCCCAAGUGGACUAUUAGAAAACACCCAAGAAUUUAUAUUAUACAAAAAUGAACCGUUGAUAAUUCCGGACACUAGCACAGAGGAUGGUCUUAAACCCGUGGAGAGGACGAUUAGAUUACAAUACCUGAUGAAUAGGAACUGUGGAGCCAGUUCGACUUAUCAGGUGUUAGUCCAGCAGGGUGAUGUUAUUGGGAAGGAGAAGGGGAUGACAUUGGGAGAGUUUGAAGAGUGGAUUAGGAGGUUUAGAGCGAAGAAGAGUUUGUUGAUGGUGCCUGGGGAGGAAGGGGAGAAGUUUGUGAUUCAGGUCGGGGUGGAGAGUAAAAGUGGUGUUUUGACGAUUCAUAUUGAGGAUUUGAACCGUCAUCGGUAG